CCAUGCAUCCCAAAGUGUCCAAGUGAGAAACAGCAGCACGGCUGCCGGUUGCUUGGGGUCAUCAUCUAUGUGUCCAGAGAGCUCAGUGCAACCUCAGUGCUGAAGGAACACUUGUGUGUUCCAGGCCCUUCAGCCUGCAGCACUGAAACUCUGCUCAUAGCAACCAGCGCUGCCCUGCGUGGGGUGGGACUGCUGACCUGAGAGCACAAAGUAAUCAUUGUUGGUCUGGAUAAUGCAGGAAAAACUACCAUUCUUUAUCAAUUCUCAAUGAAUGAAGUGGUGCACACCUCACCUACGAUAGGCAGCAACGUGGAAGAGAUCGUGGUUAACAACACGCGCUUUCUGAUGUGGGAUAUUGGAGGGCAGGAGUCCCUGCGGUCCUCGUGGAACACCUACUACACCAACACCGAGUUUGUAAUAGUUGUUGUGGACAGCACAGACAGAGAGAGGAUUUCCGUGACUAAAGAAGAACUGUACAAGAUGUUAGCACAUGAGGACUUGAAGAAAGCAGGUUUGCUGAUCUUUGCUAACAAGCAAGAUGUUAAAGAGUGUAUGACAGUGGCUGAAAUCUCUCAAUUUCUGAAGCUGACUUCAAUUAAGGAUCACCAGUGGCACAUUCAGGCGUGCUGUGCUCUAACUGGAGAGGGACUCUGCCAAGGACUCGAAUGGAUGAUGUCAAGACUAAAGAUCAGAUGAUUUUUAAUGACCCCUUUGCACAGACACUGCUUUAAAAAAAAAAAAAAAAAAAAGCUGUACCUGUGGUUACCUUCACAGUGGCAGAAUUGCUGGGUUAGGUGUAUUUAUAAUGAACUGAUUUCAACUUUAUUUUCUACGUAGAUACAUACACACAUGUAUAUAAAUUCAGACCGUUCAGCAAAAAGAAAAAUGCAGGUGAUGGCUCAAGUUUGUUUUCCUGGUUGUUUUCCUCUGGAGACGCAUGUAAAAGUGGUGAUCCACCUUCCUUCCAAGAUACAGCCACUGACAACAGUCUGAUGCUGAGUGUGGUGAAGAUGAAACAAGAGAAAGAACUUAUGCUUUGGGGUUUUAUUAUUACAUUGUAGUCCUCUCUAGUCGAAGAUGUGGCUUCAUUAUUUCAGUAAAUUAGCAAACAAAUCAAUGGCAUAGAUAUCAACUUUCCAGUAUUUUUAAAGUUACUGAUGUUACAAAUGCAAAACUAUUUUCCUGUAUGUGUACUGUACAUAUUUGUGUAUAUUUAUACCUCAAUUUUAGGUUAAUAGCAAUCUCUUCAGACCAGUGUGUAAAGCUGAAUCAGUAUGUUGACAGCAGUACUAAUAUUUCACAUUGCCAACUUCUUUUCCUUCAUUACCUGUGUGGCUGUAAUGUCCAUCAGACAGUUGGCUCACCACAACUUUAUAAAGCAAGUUCUCUCUUAAGAAAACUGCUUGUUUCUCACAUGAUUUUUCAGUUUGAUUUUUCAUAGUGGGUUGGGGCAUACGGAUUCACCUUCAAAUUACAGUAUCAGCAAACAGUAAAAAUUUGCCAAAGAGUUUUGAAACAAAUUUUCUUUUAAUCAUCAUUGGAUUAGAUGAUUCCAAAAGAUGCAUGUCACGAUGUUCUAUGCUACUGCUUUACUUUUUUGGCAGCACAUGUUCAUUUGUGAUUCGAGACUUGUAGAACUACCUUUAGCUCUCAUAAAGGGAAAAAGUUGGUGUUUUUUUUUUUCCUUAACCAAAGAGGAGAGAUGGAAGUAUGUUUAAAAGUCCCACUGGAAUCUUACAAACUAGACGUAUGCCGUAGUGUUUUUCAGAGGCAGAGGUACUCUUCUUUGAUAGCAUCAAAUGUAAUAUAUAUAUCUAUAUGCAGUGGUUGGAAUUGGGAUGGGGAAGGGGAGUGAAGUAGAAGACACUACUUGAAAAGCUGUGAGUGACCCCUUGAUCAUGUUCCCACAGAAGUUCCAGGGCAGCACUUGCUGUGAAUAUAACUCCCUUGCACGGUCCCCAGGUGAGUUAUAAGAAAGUGUCAAACACUGUGAUUGUCUUUUCUUCCUGUAGUAUUUCACGGGUUGGUUGUUCUGUACUGAGGCUCAGAAUUACCAUGUUAAAGGAUAGAGGCUCUUCAGUGGGACUGCAGUUGGAUGAUUUGAAAUAUUACCAGUGUUUAAAAAGGAUACAUAGCCUUAACUGCAGGCUUUUGUGUUGGGGUUCUGUGUUGGAAGACUAUAGUAAAAUGAAAUAAAACUUUGUUUAAUACACCCUGCCCUUUCUUAGCUCAUACAACUGAUAAGGAUGGAAAAGACAUUUUACAGAACAAGCUUGAAUUGAACUUUCUAAUGUGCUCAUCUUUGGUUAUGGGGUAAUGUAGUCAGUGCACCUGCUCUGCAUUUGCCUGCCUCACUGGGGAUCAUGUUGUGAAUGUGUGGGAAAAGAAGGGAGGCGAUUUCAAAGGUCUGUAUUUAACAAAGGCAGGUAAAGAAUUUAACUCCUUAAUAUAUUUCUGGUAUCGCUUUAUGAUGCUCACUGGCUAGGGAACCUGCUGUCUUUGUUAAGCAUUUUAACGUGUACAUGCAUAUCUUUCUGGUGCAUGCACAUAGAUAUUGGUAUGUAACUGGUGUGUUGCAAAAUGUUUGAAGAAAUAACAAUUUAAUGCAAAGAUGACUUUCUUGGUUUAUUUGAUGGUAUCUUUGGGAAUCAAGCUCUGUGCACUUUUGCAUAUAAAAUGGAAGUGUAUGUAUUCUAGUCCUAAAGAAAAAGCAGACAUGCUUACAAACCUACGGAUCUGGUUUCUGAAUCUUCUGUCUUCCCUUUCAUGCCUUCAAAAUAUUUUGCUUUAGUGUCUUUCAGUACUGUACACUGUUGCCUGAAUCUGUAAGGGUUGUGUGUUAGUUUUUUCGUUGGUUUUCCAAGACAAGAAGUUCUUUCUGUUAAUGGAGGAAGUAUCAUGGAGCAGUUUCUGUCUGGCUACUUCUUGAUGGAAUUUGCUGCUGACUCCUUCACUUAAAUUAGUAGGACAGUGUCCAGAUAAUAAAAGCGUGGUAUUCUUUUCCAGGUGUAGCAUAUGUUGUAACCAGACUCCUUAUAUUUACAUUGACUCUCCUUCUCCCCCUCAGUAUCCUGGCUACUUCCACUUUGUGUGCCCGCAAAGGUACUGCAUGCUUUGCUUCAUCUCUGUCUUGCAAGUGGCAGCUGACCCCAGCAGGGAGCUGAGAGUAACUGCACACAUGAGAUCUGCCUUUUAAACCAGUGUCUGGUGUCCUUAUGAGCUUGUAAUCUGAAAAGUAAGUAGUUGGAUUGCAAACAGUACAGCCUUAACCCAGCUAUGAAAGCAUUAAUAGAUCACAUAGAAUCAUGAGGUUUCUUUUCUAUCUCUUUCUGAUGCCACUGCAUUUAGAGGGAAGAUUUACUAAAAUACAGUGGUGGCAGUGCUUACUGAAGCAUCACAUGUCUGUAGCAUUCUUCAGCAGUGUUCAGGAAGCAAAAGCAGAUGUGCCUUCCUUGUACAUGCUAGGUUUGCAGUCUGUAAGGACAGGUUUAUGUAGUAGCUGGGCAGCAGUUAUCUGCUCUUUGUGAGCAGAGGGAACUCUUCUGGGUUCUCACACACCCAGCAGUGGUUGUGAUCUCACUGAAAGUGCAGCAAAACUAGUGAAAGCAAAGGGCUGCAUUCCACUGUUACAGUGAAAGACUCUAUGGAAGUGUCUGUCUGCCAGAAGGCUCCUCGUGAGAACAAGUGUAUUUACUCACAUGCUGAGGAGAACAUGAGGUGGCUAUGCAUGUAUGUUCCCUCACAAUAGCAUUCUGGCUAUGUGAUGGUCUUUUCCUAGGCAUGCUGCCUUUUGAGUAAUGUUAAAAAAUAUUUUUCCAGUUAGUCAUGAAAUAGAAGGAAUCCUUAAAUUUGGUCAUAGAGGAGAAGAGAGGCCAAACUCCUGAAGCCCUUUUCAUGCACUUCUUGUUUACAGUGGUUUUCUUUUCCCUGGGGGACAACUCAUGGCUUUUUUGCACAGCUCUGCUCAUAGAAAAGCGAGUUAACUUUUCAUCUCAGCUGCAUAGAGUUUCUCACAGUUAUUAUUUGGAAGCAAUUGUCCUAAUGUGAGUUGUGACCUUGAUUUGUGUUGCAUCUGUUUCCCCCCUCUGCACUGUGUUGGAUUGCUUUCCCUUUGUUCUUCAUUGCUAGGAUAUUUUACAGAAGGUGGCAGGUGUCUUUUAAAAACGUGUUAUUGAGGUUUGUGCUAUAGAGCAACACCUGACCAGCAAACAAAACAGCAGUGCAGCAUGUUUCAGUGUUUGAGUAUCAAGGUGUUUCUUUUGGUUUAGCACAUGACAAAGUCGGCAUGUUGGCUGUACUCCGUGUUUUUCCUGUGAGCUGAAAAUCACACAGGUUUUUAAUUGUGAGGAAAGGUGGGAAAUCCUAACAUAGAUCUGCUUGGCCUCCCUUUUAAAAUUCUUUUUCUUAUUUCAGGGAGGAUUACUUUUUUUCUAUGCAUUAAAUAGUGUUCCCAGAUGUGUGUUCAUGUGUGAAUGCUGAUACCUGAUAGGCACCUACUACAGUCUAUGCAGCCCAAGUGCCUACAACUAAUGAACUGAUCAGUUUUUUCUUUGUGUGCUGAAUUUUCCAUUCACCUUAAAACAGACACAUAUCUAUGACAGUUCGUAAACGAGUGUUCUUCCAUUCCUAUGCCCCAGUUUUGUCAUGACUGGUGUUACAUUUUAGUUCUUGAAGCUUUCUAUCCUGUACAUGCCAAGCACUCUCCAUUUAUCACAUGGCUAGCUUUCUUUGUGAAAGGAAGCGAUCCAUUUGUCUGUGUAUCAGAUUUUUCUUCAAAGAACUGAGUUAAAAUAAAUUAAUCCGAGAAUACUUGGUCUUGUAAACCUCCUCAUUUAAGCAGUUCUUUUUAAUUGGCUAAUAAAACAUUAACUUUGCUACCGUCAGACUAAUUACAUCUGACAAGUAGUUUCUCAGCUAAUUCAAAUGAAUGUAGCAUUGAGCUUUUAAACAGUGCAUCACGGAGCAUUAUGGGAUAAGAACGAUGUGACGUUGUGAAGAAUAGCACUAAGAAAGGACAAUGUCUGUGCAUGUAGUCCUGGUGUUUUGCAGGUCAGUGCAGUGAGCAUGCAACAUGCAGAAAAUAAGGAAUUAGAAGUGGUUGCCACUAACUUGUUUUGCAUCGUUGCUUAGAAUCAUAAGCAGAAAUGGUUUUACUGCCUUACAGGGGUUUUUCUGGUUAACUUUUCUAUUGUACAAAAAGUGUUUUGGAAAUUCACAUUGGAUAGUGGUUGCUAUUUAUAAGAGGAUCAUCCCCAUAUAUCGUUCUCUAUCCUUUCAGGCCAGAUUUCUUCUGAGCAGAGACACAAGUUGGGUGUUUGGGUUGUUGGCUUUUUUAAGCUUUAUUUAUUUGUGAAAUUGGAAGACUUGUCUGCUACUGAAUUAAUACAGAAAAUGCUGCUUUCCCUUGAAGCUGUAAUUCAUUCUUUGCAAAUCAUCAUCAGCUCAGUGUUAUCUUGUUUAAAUGUUUCCUGUGUCAAGCACCAUGGAGGGCAGAACAGUCUCCUGCUGUUGAAGAUGUGCUCUUCUGCUAAGAGAAACAAACUCAGAUUGGGAAGGCUGAAAAAUGCAAGAACUGUGUGAUAGAGGAGGCUAGGUGAGCCAGGUCCAACUGUGUCCGUGCAGAGCUUGAUCUGAGUGCUUUCAGCAUGCCCUCCCCUGUUGUUACUGUGUGCUUUGCCAAAACCUUUUGUCCUGCAGCCUGGUCCCACCACGCAGGCUGUGAAUGAUGUGGUUUAUUUCUAUUACAUUCUCACUGGGUCUUUACAUUUUAGUUUUUGUGUGAAGUUGCAUCCAUAUGGGUAUGUAUCAAUGUUUCUAGGGUCGUAUUUACUUUGAUUGCUUGCAUUUUGUACUUCUCUUUCUUAAAAUUUUGUCUUGAAAGAAAUUCAUAAAAUCCAUGGCUAGCUCUGAUACUGCAAUAAAAUUUCAUUCCAGAACACAUGAAAUCAUUGCUUCAAAUUAAUAUGAGGAGUUAUGGGCUGGCUUGUCUUGGCUUGACACUUCUGUGUUUCAAAUAAAAGCAAAUCUAUUAGAGCGAUUUAGCUACAACUUUAUAAAGCUAUUUAGCAUAGCCACGUUCAGUUGUGAUUCUCUUGCAUAACUUUUUCUGAAGUUUUAUCAGAAUAUUCCUUGAAUUGUUUCCCCCUUUACCACCUCCUGUCAUUCUGGCUUGUGAAACCUCAAGCUGAGCUGGAAGGAGCUCAUCUUGUUCUUAUAGCUCUUGUUUGAAGGGGUGAAUCAUACACAGAUUUGCCCGUGGGGCACACACAGGUAAGAGGCUGUGUACAAUCACACACACAUUUAUUUAUGACCUCACAACUGCUAUCCUUGGGAAAACUACCAGUCCUUACUGUUCUAAGAUGAAAACACUGGUCAAAACUUUGCUGUUUGCGUUUUACCUUUUGCGUGUGUGGAUGGGAAACUUCUCAGAGCAAAUGUAUGAUUUCCCACACGGUUAUAAGGGUUUAUCCAGGCAUCAUGUGGUAUGGAGAACUGUUUGGCAAAGCUGUGCUGAUGGGGUUUAUGCUGGGAGUCGCUUGGUAAGAAGUGUGCCUGCUGGUUUUAAAUAGAAAAGAAAAUGGAUUUAGUGGUGGAAUGUUCUUUUCCUUUAGGAAAUACUGAGUUGUAGUGGUGUGUUCACGUAUCGCACGCUGGCAGUGCAGCCCUGGGCUGUUGGGGUUACAGGUAACUGCUUAGAAAGCAAAUGGGAUGAAAUUGAAGCUGCUAUAAGGGAAAAAAAAAAAAAGGCAUGUGGCUGCUCCAAAGGUAUGCUGGUGGUCAGCGCUGGAGCUGGAAUUCAAUCUUGUUCCAUGGGUGUUAAUUUUGGACUUGUUGCUCUAUUUCUGUCUGCACAGUGCUUGGAGCCAUGUGAUAAUCUCUCAGAUAAAAGUAAUGCACAGACAGGUGUUCACCGAGCUCAGAUACGUACAGUAACUGCAUGCUGCCUCUGUCACAAUGGCGUGAUGGACAGCAAAGUGCUUUCCUGUGCUGUUCUUCUGCCUGCUGUCUGAUGGGAGUCUACGGAUUGCUAUGUUAGUCCAGAAAAAUACACAUGGAAGUAUUUUGGAAGGCUUUUAUUCAUGUGUGUUGUAUUGUUAGUGAUCAAUACCUUCAUUCCUGCACGUAAAAAUGGUUUGCCACUGCUGAUCUCCAGUCACUUCCCCUCUGCAGCCAACAGCUGAGCGUCCUGCAUAGAGCAGAGCUGCUGCAGUGAGCCUUGCCUUAGUCAGUGACAUCUUCCUUAUGGACAUGGAAUUGGUCUUUUUAAAAGAAAAAUACUCUGCUGCUUUUUGGCUUUAUUUUUCUUGUCUGUGUGAACAUUGAAGACUGCUGUGUUCUCUUUAAUUGUCUUUGAGUUAAAACAUCCUAACUCUUGGAGCCUGUUACCACUUGUAAAAGUACAAGUCAUGUCAUUACUGCUGUUGCACAGUGGACUUCAAUUUAUUCCAAGUAUUUAAUGCAUUUUUUCAACAUGAUAUUGAAUUAGAUGCAAAAGUACAGGAUUGUUAACAUCUUGGGAGCCAAUACUUGUUAUCAGCCUUGUUCUGUUUUGCUUUUUGCCUCAUUUUUCAGAACUGGAAGGCAUUUUUUUCCAGGUGUGUGUGUGUAUAUAUGUGUGUAGGCAAACUACUGGGGUCAUGCAAAGUGAUGCAGAUCUUGGAAUAACAAUAUUUUGUCUAAAUUCUUUGUACAUAAAGUCUUAGUAUGAAUACAGGUACUGUUGAAGACUUGCUUUUGAGGUCCUUGUACUGCUGAAUUCCAAGAGGCAACCCCAUUGUAACCUAUAUGUAUAGCUUUAAAACAUGACUUGCUGGAUGCGUAUUAGAGCUGUAUAAACAACUAAUAAACAUUAUUGUUUGUAUUAA